GCAACUUUGGUCCCUGCGCUCAGUGCGAUUGAGACGAUGGCGCGAGCGUGUUGGCUGGCUUUGGCGGCCUGCCUGGCCGCCAACCUGGCCCGGGUUUUGUCUUCGGUGCCCACUCAAAACAUGGAGUUCACGUACUUGUUACCGGCGGGCAGCAGAGAGUGCUUCUUCCAAUCUGUAGAGAAGGACAGCAGGCUGGAGUUUGAAUACCAAGUGAUUGGCCAGCCGAAUUUGGAUGUGGGCUUUGUCAUGAUUUCACCCAGCGGCGACCGAGAGAUUGACGACAAGAGGAAAAGUCACGCCAUCCACAAGCUGGAGCGUACGCAUCAAGGUGACUACCAGAUGUGCUUCGACAACACGUUCAGUAAGGUGAAGGCAAAGACGCUGUUCUUCACGCUGCUCAUCAGCAGUGCCAACGGCACGGCCGGAGACGAGCGCAAGGCCUCAAACGACACUUUGGAGGUGAAGUUGCAGGACUUCAAGAGUCGUCUGGAUGCGUUGCACAUGCUAAUCCAGAGAGGUCGCGUGAUCCAGCUCAUGCUGAGGACCUUUGACACCAGAGACCAGCAGCGACAGGACAACAACCUGUGGAGGGUCAGCUUCUGGUCCUUCUUCAGCAUGGUGCUGGUCCUGGUUGUGGCCGUCUCGCAGGUUCGCGUUCUCGAGUCGCUCUUCCCCGAGAGCUAGAACGGCAUCAGCUGCUGGUCGAACAAAAAGCUUGUACACUCAUAUAUACUUUCAAAGUUGUUCCUCUGAGCUGCUUGUAUUUCAAAUCGGUUCGUGUUGCAAAAAAUAUAAUUUAAAAAAAUGUCAUAAAAUAUAGUCAGGUGUCAUUUUAUUGGAUGGAAUUUUAUGUCCACAUUGUGAGAGAUUCAGGGGCGGGGAGCGUCAAAAUUAUGAGAAUUAGUGAUGAGUGAUGCAACUGUGACAAAACUGUGACAAAAACACUUUGACAAGCAACAAUAUUUAUUGAAACAAAUGCGACAAGAGGAACGUCUCACUCUGACAAGAACUCGUGCUGUUACACGAAUAAAGUAUGUGUGCAAAAACUAAAUGCGGGUUCACUAUUUGCUCAUCGGGAUGUCGCUCCCGAGGCUUUGUCGGCAUUAAAUUAGAAUUCAUGUGUCAUGAAUGUGGUUCCAAUUGCUCAUGAUAAGCAAUGGCUUCAUUAUGUGUUGUCAAUAAAACAAAAGAAAACAUUGUA